AUGUUGUCGUCGUCGUCCUCAUCUGAAGAAAUGUCGAUGCGCGAUGAAACGACAUCAGCAUCGGCGACGUCGACGAGCUACUCAUCAACUACUGAUGAGGAUGAGUCGACAUCGUCGUUUUCUGAAGUUAAUAGUCCAUUGACGGCGCUAACACCGCAGCCAGAAAAUACGGCAUGUCUCGACGACUUCGAUCGAAUAAAAACCUUGGGAACCGGCUCGUUUGGUCGAGUAAUGCUCGUCAAACACAAACAGUCCGGCAACUACUAUGCUAUGAAAAUUCUUGAUAAGCAGAAAGUUGUCAAGCUGAAGCAAGUCGAGCAUACGCUUAACGAGAAACGCAUCCUGCAGGCGAUCGAUUUCCCGUUCCUCGUCAACAUGCAGUUCUCGUUUAAAGACAAUUCCAAUUUGUACAUGGUUCUCGAAUUCAUUUCCGGUGGUGAGAUGUUUUCGCAUUUGCGGCGAAUUGGAAGAUUCUCGGAGCCUCACUCGCGAUUCUACGCCGCGCAAAUUGUGUUGGCGUUUGAGUACUUGCACUCUCUCGAUUUGAUCUAUCGCGAUCUGAAACCCGAAAAUCUUCUCAUCGAUUCUACCGGCUACCUUAAAAUCACUGAUUUUGGUUUUGCAAAACGAGUGAAGGGUAGGACGUGGACGUUGUGCGGUACGCCCGAAUAUCUCGCUCCGGAAAUUAUUCUCUCCAAGGGUUAUAAUAAAGCUGUUGAUUGGUGGGCGCUUGGUGUUUUGAUCUACGAAAUGGCAGCGGGUUAUCCACCAUUCUUCGCCGAUCAGCCGAUUCAAAUAUAUGAGAAAAUUGUGUCAGGAAAGGUCAAAUUCCCAUCGCACUUCUCGAACGAACUGAAAGACUUGCUGAAAAAUCUAUUACAAGUCGACCUGACAAAACGCUUCGGAAACCUGAAGAACGGUGUUGCCGACAUCAAGAAUCACAAAUGGUUCGGAAGCACCGACUGGAUUGCGAUCUAUCAGAAAAAGAUCACACCGCCGUCGUUCUCGAAAGGCGACUCAUCAGGCCGUCUGCUGGAAGCAUUAUACCCGAGAGUCGAUGGUCCCGCCGACACGAGGCACUUCGUUGAAGAAGUCACCGAGCCAACGGAGUUUGUCAUCGCGGAAGUCUCUCAUCACGCCGAUCUGUUUAUCGAAGCUCCAUUCCUACCAAAAUGCCGCGGGCCCGGCGACGCCUCGAAUUUCGACGAUUACGAGGAAGAGCCGCUGCGCAUCUCGGGCACCGAGAAGUGCGCCAAAGAGUUUGCCGAGUUCUAG